AUGACUGUCGACGUUCCUGAAACCGAGCAGGCAGCGCAGGCAGCACAAGCCGAAUCCUCUGCCCCGUCUGUUGUCAUCCUCGUCACCGGCGUGACAGGUUUCCUCGGCAAAGUUGUGCUUGAGGAACUCAUCCGAAGAAAGAUUGAUGGCUCUCUGUACUUCGAUCAGCUCCUCGUCUUGAUCAGGGCAGCAUGCGGCAAGCCGCCUUCUGAACGAUUCCAGGACAAGGUCGUCAACUCUCCAUGCUUCAGAGAGCUCCCAAGUGAUUGGUACCAAGAAAUUAUGGUAUUAUCUGGCGACCUCAUGGAAGCGAGCUGCGGGCUGGAUCCGGACACUCUGAGCAAAUGGACACAGAAGAUUACCCACAUCAUCCACUGCGCAGGCUGCGUCGCUUUCGAAUCCCCCCUCGACGUCCUCCUUGCCGAAAAUGUGACAGCGAGUGUCAACAUCCUGGAACUCGCCCAGCUCUGCUCUGACCUGCGUAAACUCAUCCUCGUAUCCACCGCCUACGAGCAGCUCGUCGUGCUUCCCAGGCCUGCACCCCAGAUCCUCCAAGACCUACAAGAUGGACGGAAAAGCCCCGACGAGGUCAUCGCUGAGACUGGCCACCCGAACUAUUACACUCUUGCAAAGUGCCUGGCAGAGCAUGUGAUUGCUUCGAAACUGGGCCGCACACCCGUCACCAUCGUGCGCCCAAGCAUCAUUUCAGCGAGCCUGCAACAUCCGUUUCCUGGUUGGAUCGACAGCUUCGCGGCGCUGGCAGGUCCUAUGUCGGCCUUCGCGCUUGGGGGGCUCAGAGUUCUACAUGGAGACCCAUCGGCAAUCUUGGAUGUCGUGCCUGUGGACGAGGUG